AUGGCGACUACGGUACUUGUAACAGGAGCCACUGGCCUUCUGGGCCGGCAAGUUUUCGACAAAUUUAAGCGCUCCGGAUGCCUCACUGUUGGCCAGGGCUUCUCGCGAGCCAACCCACCUACCAUCCUCAAAUCUGACCUUGAAAAGCCGGAUGACAUUAAGGGACUUCUUGAUGAAGCUAAACCUCAGAUCGUUAUCCAUUGCGCCGCCAAUCGAUCCCCCGAUCUGUGCGAUAAGGACCCCGAGCGAGCUCGCCGGGUCAAUGUCGACGCUACUCGCACCCUUGCAGAGUUAACAGCGGAGAGGAAUAUCUUGCUAGUCUAUAUUUCCACCGACUACGUCUUCCCUGGCGUCGAGGGAGAGGCACCGUACGAAGCAGACGCGCCGACAAAGCCCCCGAACUUGUACGGUGAGCUGAAGCGGGAUGGUGAGCAGGUUGUGCUUGAAGCUACCAAAAAGAGCGGAAUGGGCAUCAUCCUCCGUGUACCAGUGCUGUACGGCACAGCAAAUGAGAAUUCUGAGAGCGCGGUCAAUACACUAGUUGAUUCCGUCUGGAAAGCUCAGGAUGAGAAUGCGGGCAUCAAGAUGGACGAUUGGGCGCAGCGAUACCCUACUAACACUGAGGACGUCGCGCGGGUAUUGCGCGACAUUGUGAUCAAGUAUCUCAAGGAGCGCGGUCAGAUUAUGAAGCUUCCCAAGAUUCUUCAGUUCUCAUCCGAAGACAAGAUGACAAAGUACGAGAUGUGCGAAAAGUUCGCGGAAAUUUUGGGUGUGUCCUUGAAGGGAAUGGUCCGCAACAAAGAAGGAAAUGAUCCGAACGCGUCAGUCCAGCGGCCGUAUGACACUCACCUUUCGACCAAGGUGCUGAAGGACCUGGGUAUUGAUGUGCAGACAGUCGACUUUGUCGAUUGGUGGCGAAAACACUUGGAAGCACAGAAGAAAUGA